GUGUCAGGUUUUAAAGGUUUGAUUUCCACGUCAAUACCAGUAAAUUUGUUAAAAGUAUAUGUUUUUUUAUAGUAAAAGACAAUUUUAUGUUGAAAUGUGCUAAUAAUGCGAUAGGUAUUGUAUAAAACUAAAGUUGUUACUGAGUCUUUUGUGUGUUUUGAAAAAACGAAUAUGUUAACCAAGUUUGAAACAAAAUCCGCCCGGGUAAAAGGGCUAUCUUUUCAUCCUAAACGUCCCUGGAUCUUAACUAGUCUUCACAAUGGUUGUAUCCAAUUAUGGGACUACCGCAUGUGCACUCUCUUAGAGAAAUUUGAUGAGCAUGAUGGCCCUGUAAGAGGCAUUUGCUUCCACAAUCAACAGCCCUUAUUUGUUUCUGGUGGUGAUGAUUACAAGAUCAAAGUAUGGAAUUACAAACAAAAACGGUGCAUUUUUACUCUAUUGGGUCAUUUAGAUUACAUUCGCACAACAUUGUUCCACCAUGAAUAUCCAUGGAUAGUUUCCGCAUCUGAUGAUCAAACUAUUAGGAUCUGGAAUUGGCAGAGCAGAACUUGCAUUUGUGUUCUAACUGGACAUAAUCACUAUGUUAUGUGUGUAAGUUUUCAUCCUUCUGAAGAUUUGCUGGUGUCAGCUUCCUUGGAUUCCACUGUUAGAGUUUGGGACAUUUCAGGCUUAAGAAAGAAAAAUGUAGCUCCAGGUCCAGCAGGACUAGAAGAACACUUAAAGAAUCCAGGAGCAACUGAUCUUUUUGGUCAAGCAGAUGCAGUUGUAAAACAUGUGUUGGAGGGUCAUGAUAGAGGUGUCAACUGGGCAUCUUUCCAUCCAACUCUGCCUCUUAUUGCCUCAGGUGCUGAUGAUAGACAAGUAAAAUUAUGGAGAAUGAAUGAUUCUAAAGCAUGGGAGGUUGAUACAUGUAGAGGCCACUGGCAUAAUGUUUCUUGUGUUUUAUUCCAUCCUAGACAAGAACUGAUUCUCUCAAACAGUGAAGAUAAAACUAUUAGAGUUUGGGAUACUACUAAAAGAACUUGUCUACACACAUUUAAAAGGGAAAAUGAAAGAUUUUGGAUAAUGGCAUCACAUCCAAAUCUCAACUUGUUUGCUGCUGGACAUGAUGGUGGAAUGGUUAUAUUCAAACUUGAGCGUGAACGUCCAGCUUACACAGUACAUGGCAACCUCCUGUACUAUGUUAAGGAACGUUUCUUACGAAAACUUGAUUUUACCACAUCUAAAGAUGUUCCAGUCAUUCAGAUUCGUGGUGGAGGAAAAAUACCAGUUUAUAAGAUGUCCUUUAAUCCAGCUGAAAAUGCUGUUCUUCUUUCCACAAGAACUUCAAACUUGGAUAAUAGUACAUACGAUUUAUAUGUGAUUCCAAAAGAACAGGAGAGAGAUGAUCAAGUACCAGAUCUAUUUUUUUUAUUAGAAGCUGAAAGUAAAAGGUCUUCUGGACUUACGGCAUUAUGGGUCGCAAGAAAUAGAUUUGCAGUUUUGGACAGGACUCAUCAAUUAAUUAUCAAGAACUUGAAAAACGAAGUCACCAAAAAGGUACAAACUCCUACAUGUGAUGAGGUAUUUUACGCUGGUACUGGAAUGCUGUUAUUAAGAGAUUCUGAACAUGUUACUCUGUUUGACGUUCAACAAAAGAGAACUUUAGCACAAGUGAAAAUUAACAAAUGCAGAUAUGUUGUCUGGUCGUCUGAUAUGUCCCAUUUGGCUCUGCUUUCCAAACACAACGUGACUAUUUGUAAUAGGAAAUUGGAUGUUUUAUGUUGUUUACAUGAAAAUACUAGAGUAAAAUCUGGAGCUUGGGAUGAUACAGGAGUUUUUAUUUAUACUACAAGCAACCACUUGAAAUAUACACUUAAAAACGGUGAUCAGGGAAUUAUUAGAACCCUCGAUCUUCCAAUAUACAUCACCAGAGUAAGAGGAAACCAGAUCUUUUGCCUUGAUCGUGAAUGCAAACCACGAGUAUUGACAGUGGAUUCAAUGGAAUACAAGUUCAAACUUGCAUUAAUUAAUCACAAAUAUGAAGAAGUUUUGUAUAUGGUUCGAAAUUCUAAAUUGGUUGGGCAAUCCAUGAUUUCAUAUUUACAACAAAAAGGUUAUCCUGAGGUAGCCCUACAUUUUGUAAAAGACGACAAAACUCGAUUUACUUUAGCUCUGGAAUGUGGAAAUAUUGAGAUUGCUCUGGAAGCUGCGAAAUCUCUGAAUGACAAAGCUUGUUGGGAUCAGCUUGCACAUGCUGCACUAUGGCAAGGAAACCAUCAAGUAGUUGAAAUGUGUUAUCAAAGAACCAAGAGUUUCGAAAAAUUAUCUUUCCUAUAUCUGAUUACCGGCAAUCUGGAUAAGUUAAGAAAAAUGAUGAAAAUUGCAGAAAUUAGAAAAGCUAAAUCAUCUCAAUAUCAUGCUGCACUUUUGCUUGGCGAUCUUGAAGAGCGUGUUAAAAUUUUGAAGGCUUCCAAUCAACUUUCUUUAGCCUACUUGACAGCUGCUACUCACGGAAUGCUAGAUGAAGCUGAACAGCUGAAGGAACAAAUUGGGGAAAAGAAAGGUUUUCCAGAUGUAGAUCCAAAUGCCAAAUUUUUGAAGCCACCUCCUCCAAUUCAACAAGCAGAAUCCAACUGGCCUUUGUUGACAGUUAGUAGGGGAUUUUUCGAAAAUACGGCCGCAGUUGCUACAGCUUCGGCUAACAUGAAAUCUCUCAUGGCCGAACCUGUGGCUGAUAUGGGAAUGGAAGAGGCACCAGGUUGGGGAGACGACGACGAACUGGAGCUGGAUCCAGAAGAGAAGAAAGCUGAAGCUGCUGCAGGUGGUGGUGAUGGUGAAGGCGGCUGGGAUGUUGAAGAUGAAGGAUUGGAAAUACCUGAUUUGGGUCCAUCGGUUGCUGUUGAAGCAGAGGGCAAUUUUGUUCAUUUGCCUACGCAAGGACCAUCCCCACUGGUUACAUGGACCAAAAAUUCGCAGUUGGUUGCUGACCACAUUGCUGCCGGUUCGUUCGAAUCAGCUGCGAGGUUGCUUCAUGAUCAAUUAGGAGUAGUCGAUUUUAAACCAUACGAAAGCUUAUUUAUUAGUUUGUAUAGCAGUUCUAGAACAGUUUAUUCUUGGCAGCAAAAUAUACCGCCGUCAUUUAGCUACCCGUUGAGAAAUUGGAAAGAUGCCAACCUUAAGAACCAGUUGCCUGCUUCUGGUGUGAAAUUGAAUGAACUAGUCGCCAAAUUACAGGCUUGCUAUCAACUGACUACAGGAGGCAAGUUCACGGAAGCCAUAGAAAAAUUCCAAACCCUUCUUCUCUCAGUAACAUUAGUAGUAGUAGAGAAUAAACAAGAAAUAUCGGAAGCACAACAGUUGUUGAGGAUAUGUAGUGAAUACAUUUGUGGUCUUCAGAUGGAAACUUUAAGAAAAACCUUACCGAAAUCUUCACACGAAGAACAGAAACGUCAAUGCGAGAUGGCGGCUUACUUCACACAUUGUAAACUCCAGCCUAUACAUCAAAUUUUAACACUCAGGACUGCUCUAAACAUGUUCUUUAAGCUCAAAAAUUACAAAACAGCCUCAUCAUUUGCUAAAAGACUUCUUGAGCUCGGUCCAAGACCUGAAGUAGCUCAACAAGCUAGAAAGAUCAUUCAAGCCUGUGAUACCAAUCUCACCGAUGAAUUACAGAUGCAGUAUGAUGAACAUAAUCCUUUCAAUUUGUGUGGUCACUCGUAUACACCGAUUUACAGAGGAAAAGCUGAAGAAAAAUGUCCCUUGUGUGGAACUUCUUACUUGCCUAAAUAUAAGGGAACCUUGUGCAAUGUUUGCCGGGUAGCUGAAAUUGGAAAGGAUUGUAUUGGACUCAGAAUAAGUGUACAUCAAUUUAGAUAGGUUAGAUGCAUUUUGUAUAUGGAAAUGAUUAAGUAUUGAAAUAUUUGAGAUCUUAUUCUCAAUUUAGAGAUGUUUUAUUAUAAAUUUUAUUUUAUUUGUAAAAAUAUAUGUUUGAUAAUCC